UUUGCUCGCGAUACUUUUCGAUUUGGACUCAGUGUUAAUUAAGACGCGAACUAAGUGGGUUCAGUUCAGUUUCCGUGUUAGUGUUUCGUGAAAGAAAAAAGCAAACAAAAAAAAAAAAAAAAAAACAGAAAAGAAGAAAAGACUAAAACAAAAAAGCAAAACAAACAAAUAACAACGGCGAUCAUCAGAAACAAAACAAUUUUGCAAGAAAAAAAAAAACACAAACAGAAACGGAAUAGAAUCAACAAAACGAUUUUUUAACAUUCAUUUCGGAGGAAUUAAUUGAAUACUGAAUACAACACAAUGUGCGGAAUUUUCGCUUAUUUGAACUACAUGACACCAAAAUCUCGUGCUGAGGUUUUGGAAUUAUUGGUUAAUGGCCUGAAACGUUUGGAAUACCGUGGCUAUGAUUCCACGGGCGUUGCCAUCGAUGGCCCCAACACCAAGGACAUUGUUAUGAUCAAGAGUGUUGGCAAAGUAAAGGUUUUGGAAGAUGCCAUUGCAAAAAGUUGCACCGGUAAAGAGUUUGAGGAGCCGAUAACUACACAUGUUGGCAUUUCACAUACACGUUGGGCCACCCACGGUGUACCUUGCGAAAGGAAUUCCCAUCCCCAACGUUCGGACUUUGACAACAGUUUUGUUGUUGUACACAACGGCAUUAUCACCAACUACAAAGAUGUAAAGACUUAUUUGGAAACCCGUGGUUAUGAAUUCGAAUCAGACACUGAUACAGAAGUUAUAGCCAAAUUGGUUCAUCAUUUGUGGAAGAAACAUCCCGGUUAUUCUUUCAGAGAAUUAGUUGAACAAGCCAUUCAACAAUUGGAAGGUGCUUUUGCUAUUGCCUUAAAAUCCAAAUACUUCCCCGGCGAGUGUGUAGCCUCAAGACGUGGCUCCCCACUUUUGGUGGGCAUUAAGACCAAAACUCGUUUGGCCACCGAUCACAUUCCCAUUCUAUAUGGCAAAGACGAUAAAAAACAGCAAACUGAACAAGAACCCGGAACUGGCAAACCUCAAGAACAUCGUCCAUAUGUACAAAAUCGUGAUUUAUCAGUUUUGCCACGUUCGGAGAGCACAUCGGAGUUCUUGCCCAUGGAACAGAAGGAGGUAGAAUAUUUCUUUGCAUCGGAUGCUUCUGCUGUUAUUGAGCACACCAAUCGUGUGAUUUAUUUGGAGGAUGAUGAUGUUGCUGCCGUUCGCGAUGGUGGUUUGAGCAUUCAUCGUCUGAAGAAGUCUACGGAUGAUCCCCAUGCCCGUGAAAUUACCACCCUGAAAAUGGAAAUCCAACAGAUCAUGAAAGGCAACUACGACUACUUCAUGUUGAAGGAAAUUUUCGAACAACCCGAAUCUGUGGUCAAUACCAUGCGUGGACGUGUUCGCUUCGAUUCUAAUACCAUUGUGUUGGGUGGCAUCAAGGACUACAUUCCCGAAAUUAAACGUUGCCGUCGUCUGAUGUUGAUUGGUUGCGGAACAUCGUAUCACAGUGCCGUGGCCACACGUCAAUUGCUGGAAGAACUUACAGAAUUGCCAGUUAUGAUUGAAUUGGCUUCUGAUUUCCUUGAUCGUAACACACCAAUUUUCCGCGAUGAUGUGUGCUUCUUCAUCUCGCAAUCUGGCGAAACUGCUGACACUUUGAUGGCUCUGCGUUACUGCAAACAACGUGGUGCUCUCAUCGUUGGUAUCACCAACACCGUGGGCAGCAGCAUCUGCCGUGAAUCUCAUUGUGGUGUCCACAUCAACGCUGGCCCCGAAAUCGGUGUAGCCUCGACCAAGGCCUACACAUCACAAUUCAUUUCUUUGGUUAUGUUCGGAUUGGUCAUGUCGGAAGAUCGCUUGUCGCUACAGCAAAGACGUUUGGAAAUCAUUCAAGGUCUAUCUAAAUUGGCCGAUCAGAUUCGUGAGGUUCUGAAAUUGGACUCAAAGGUACAGGAAUUGGCCAAGGAUCUGUAUCAGCAUAAAUCACUCUUGAUUAUGGGUCGUGGUUACAACUUCGCCACCUGCAUGGAGGGUGCCUUGAAAGUUAAAGAAUUGACCUAUAUGCACAGUGAAGGCAUCAUGGCUGGAGAAUUAAAACAUGGACCUUUGGCUUUGGUAGAUGACUCAAUGCCUGUCCUAAUGAUUGUACUCCGUGAUCCCGUGUAUGUGAAAUGUAUGAAUGCCCUACAACAGGUCACAUCACGCAAAGGCUGUCCCAUAAUCAUCUGCGAGGAAGGUGAUGAAGAAACUAAGGCUUUCUGCUCUCGAAGCUUAGAAAUUCCUCGCACAGUGGACUGUCUGCAAGGCAUUCUCACCGUAAUUCCAAUGCAAUUGCUCUCCUACCACAUUGCUGUUCUUCGUGGCUGUGACGUUGAUUGCCCGCGCAACUUGGCCAAAUCCGUGACCGUAGAGUAGAUGAGGCACUUGAGUGCGUGAUUGUGUGCAAUGUACGGAUACGUUAGACUGUUUAUUUUUUUUUUUUUUAAUAUUUUUGUGUACUUCAGUUGUAUAGAAAUUAUGUGCUUUCAUCCAAAUCGAAAAGAAACCACUGCUGGGUGAGAGUGAAUUGAAUUUAUUUCGGUUAUACUCUUUGCGUAUUCGCAACUCAAAUGAUUUCGUUAAAAGCUGUAAAAUUAUUUUAGAACUUCAAAAUCUAUAAUGUAUAUACAUAUCUUGCAUUAAAUAUAUCUACAUUACAUGUGUAUGUAUACUCACAUA